AUGGGAGUUGGUAGGGGAGGAAUGGUGGGGGUGGGGAGUGGGAGAGGGUCAGGGAGAGGAGGCACGACAGCAAGGAGUGGUAUAGGGGUGGGGUCUGGAGGAAUUGGAGUGGGAGGUGGUUGUCCGGGCGCAGGUGUUGAAGGGAGGGCCGAGGUAGUGGACCUGGCCGCGGAGAACCCAAAGCCACAUGGCGGGGCAUACUUGUGUUUGGGGUAUGUAGUUGAAGCCUUUGUAUAUUUUAAAUGCAACGACACAACCAGAACGCGUAUGAGGGUACGUAGCGGCCGAUUGUCUAUGCCAUAUACGAUGCGGAGUGAACAGUUUGGCAUUCUUGGGAGGGGUACGAUUCCGAAGGGUGUCAGCGAAUGUUUUGGCGAAGCCCCAGAGAACAAGGGGCAUACCAGCAUCAAGUAA